GAACGUCGAGCGAACCGCAGACCACAGCAAAUGCUGCUACGCCUCUGGCGAAAAAUCAUCAGUCGAGCUUCAAGAAAACGAAGAAACAACAACCGAAAAAAUCGAAUCUUGCGACUCUCGAACCGAGCACAGCCCCCACAGGAAAUCCUACGAGCGGUUCCGUGCGGGAUUCGUGGGUGGGGAACCGCGAAGUCAUGGCGUGCGCAUCGCAGGCUCUGAUGAACACGCUGAUAUCCGCGAACGGCUGCACGUUCAACCCGUCGCCGAGGUUCUUCUCCGGGAGGUACCGACCCAUGAAGAGGCAGGAGCCCAAGCCCUUCGCCGUCCGGGCCUCCGCCGAUGAUGCCGACUGCAAUGUGGAAGAGUGUGCUCCCGACAAGGAGGUAGGAAAAGUGAGCAUGGAAUGGUUAGCAGGAGAGAAGACCAAAGUGGUGGGCACUUUUCCCCCAAAGACAAAAGAUUGGAGUGGAUAUGUUGAGAAGGACACUGCUGGUCAAACCAACAUAUACUCUGUUGAGCCUACAAUUUACAUAGCGGAAAGUGCUAUAAGCUCGGGAACUGCGGGUUCAUCUGCUGAUGGAGCUGAAAACACGGCAGCGAUUGCUGCCGGUCUCGCUCUUAUUUCCAUUGCCGCUGCUUCAUCAGUACUCCUCCAGGUCAACAAGAACGAACCCCAGGUGCAGAGGGCCGCAUACUCCGGGCCAUCUCUGAGUUACUACAUCGACAAAUUCAGACCGCCAGAAAUUAUCCAGGCGUCGGUGCCGAGCCAAAUUGAAUCUGCAGUGGUGGCACAGCCAGAAGUGUCUGCCCCAGAAGUUUCACAGAUUCAAGCUGCUUCUAGUGAUCAGCCCGAGGCAUCGUCGUGAAUAUGAAAAUUGGAGUUUCUUGUGGGGAAUUCAAGCUCUGUUUUGUUGAGGGCUCUUCUUCUGUACUGUAAAUUUAGAAUAUAGUCUCUGUGAUAUGGUUUGUGAUGUUCGGUUUAGUCUAAAAGGAAAGAGCAAGGAAUGUUUUGUUACUGCAAAUAUUCUACUCAUUUGAUGCAUAGUGGAAACCAAUCCGCCCUGUUCUUACA